AUGUCAGACCAUCUUAGCGAGGCAAGCGCACCCUCCGGGACGCCAAAAAAGUACCCAAUUCCCGGACUCAAGAAUGGACAAAAGCAAGAGGAGAAUGUAUACUUCGCCGAAGAGCUCAAGGGAUGGAGCGGAUAUAUCGAAUGGGAACGGUAUCCUGCGAAGAAAGCAAGGGCAGCUCAGAUCCUAGCUAAAUAUCAGUUUAUUGAUCCUCCCGAGUUCCAGCUGCUUCCCCUGCCCAAAGCAAACCCCGUACUGGACGGGAUUCGAUUCAAGCAGUAUCAUGCCGUGCUUGGACCAACGCUGCGAGACGUCCCCAACGAGAGCUGGAGGACGGUGCUGAAGGAGAAAUCCCCGGACAUGAUCCACCUGCUUCAGUUCCCGUAUAAUGGAGAGCCACCACGGGACCGCCUUGUCGCGACCGAGAUAACCUCGAAUCAAGACUUCUUCGUUCGCAACCACGGCGGGAUCCCGGACAUCGACGCGAAGGAAUUCAAGCUCGAACUCGGCGGCCUAGUGAACCACCCCCGUUCAUUCACCCUGAAAGAACUCCAAGACGAAUCCCUCUUCCCUCGACAAACGAACGUCGUGACCAUCCAAUGUUCCGGAACGCGCCGCAUCGAGCAGAUUCACGAGUAUCCUGGCGACGGCGACGAACUGAUCAACGCGCCGUGGGGGGAGGGGGCGAUCGGGAAUGCGCGCUGGACUGGCGUCAGCCUGAAGAAAGUCAUCAAAGCCUGCGGUGGGCUCAAAGAGGGGGCAAAACACAUCGAAUUCAUCGGGGCAGAGACAUACGUCAAGAAGGGCCAAGUCUUCAACUAUGCGGUGUCGGUACCCUGGCGGAAAGUCAAACUGAACGAGGUGUUGCUGGCGUGGGAAAUGAACGGCGAGCCCCUGCCUCGCAUCCAUGGAUUCCCACUACGCACUGUUGUAUUCGGAUACAUCGGGGCGAGAAGUUGCAAAUGGCUCUAUCGAGUCAACGCGUUGAAAGAACCGAGCGAAGGCCCCGUCCAGAAGAAAGAGUACCUCUAUUAUAGCCCGCAGAUGGGAAAGCACAAUACCACGUACUCGAACGGAUUUUCGAUUCAAGAUAUGCCCGUAUCCAGCGCCAUCAUGACGCCCGUGGACAAGGAGGUGAUCGUACACGACGGACAUAUUCGGCUUCACGGCUGGGCGUAUAGCGGAGGGGGACACUGGCCGGAGCGGGUGGAAAUCUCGGGGGAUGGAGGAUCGAUCUGGUAUGAGGUUCCGCAGGCGAACUGCUCGACGAAGUAUUACUAUGGCUGGCGAAUCUGGUGGUAUGAUUUGCCGGUGGACGCGGAGGGCUGGCUGGAGCUGGUUGCGCGAACAUGGGAUAAUGCGCUGAACACACAGCCGACAUUUGUGCGGUCCGCAUGGAAUUGGGGUCUUCAUGUCACAUCCAGUUGCCACCGCGUGAAGGUCUACAGCGUCAAUAAAACCAAACCGGCGACAGCUCGUCGCAUGCAGGAGCUAUUGAUGCACGGACGAGGGCUUACCCCCAUUACCCUUCCCCUCGAGUUCGAUCUGGAGACCGACGAAGCAUAUAAAACCACCAUGGAAAGGGAUCGGGGACGGGAUCCGUUGGAAUAG